AUGAGUUCAAAUGAAGAGAGAAGAAUACCUUUAUGCUGCGAAAUAUGUCUGAAAAAUGAAAUCGAUGUAUCGAGCGAAAUGAUAAAAGUAGCUGCACAUAAAUGGCUAUUUUCUUUAGGUAUUACAAUAACCUUAGGAAGACAUGAUCCAUCUAAAAUUGUUUGUGAAAAAUUAAAAAAAUAUUGUGAUUAUAUUGUUAUUGAACCUGCUAUACCUAUAAAAAUAGUUAAAGAGUACAAUGAAGGUUUUAAAAAUUAUAAAAGUUAUAAAAAAAAUAAUAAUUCUAAUAGUACCGAUAUUAUAGAGAUCAAAGGAAAUGAUGAAAACUUAGAAAAUCAUAAUAAUAUUGAUAAUAAAAAUAAUAUAUAUAAUGAUAAUCAUAUAGAUACCUUCGAUCAGAUUGAUAAUAAUAGUUGUAAAAAAUUAUAUCCAUCACACUAUUCUGUAUAUGAAUUAAAUACAUUCUACGAUUUAAAUAGUUGUGAUAUAAAGUGUUCUCCACAAGAUAAUGAUAUAUCAAAUAAUAUUAAUAAUAAUAAUAAUAUGUAUGAUGAAAAAAGGAAAAGAAAAAAGAGUACUCCAAUGAAAAAUGUAGAUAUGAAUAAGAAAAAAAAAUCAUUAGUAAGUUCCCUUGAUCUUUCACAAAAUAUUGUACACACAACAAAUUUUUCUAAUGAUCUAAUUGAAAAAGAAAAAAAAAAAAAUAUAUAUGAAGAAUCAAAUUUAUUAUUUACAGUACCUAUUAUAGGAGAAAAAUCUAUUUCAUCUGUAGAAGAAGAUCCUAUAAUUUUACCAAACUUUUUUUGUGUUGUACAUGUAGUAACAUAUUAUAAAAAUGAAGAACAUAUGGAAGAAAAAUUUAAUGAUGCUAGUGAAUAUGAAGAAGAUCAAGAACAAAUAGGAGAAAAGAAAAAAAAUGAUGUACCUACUUACAUACAAUAUAUAUUACCUCAUUUAAGAUUUCAUAAAUUAUGGGAUAGUUUAUAUUAUGAAGAAAAUAUUAAAAGAGAUUUAUUAGAAUAUGUAUCAGCAUUGAUGUUAUUUUCAACAAAGAAAGUAGAUUGUAAUAUGAUUAAUUAUAAUCAUUUAGUCUUAUUAUAUGGACCACCUGGAACUGGAAAAACCUCUUUAUGCAAAGCCUUGGCCAAUAAAAUUUGUAUACGUUUAUCGAAUAUAUAUACAACAGGGAUUUUAAUUGAACUUAACACACAUACGUUAUUUUCAAAAUGGUUCAGCGAAUCAGGGAAACAAGUUUUAAAGUUAUUUAAUAAAAUCAAAAGGAUAAUAAGUGAAUAUGAAGAAAAUGAUAUUUUUAUUUGCUUACUAAUAGAUGAAGUAGAAAGUCUGUCAGCUGAUAGAAAAAGGUCUAUUGAAAGUACAGAUCCUUCAGAUACUGUAAGAGUAGUUAAUACAUUGCUUACACAAAUAGAUUCAUUGAAAUAUUAUCAUAAUACAUUGAUAUUAACCACAUCAAAUAUUUCUGAAAUGAUUGAUGAAGCCUUCAUUGACAGAGUUGAUUUAAAACAAUAUAUUGGACUCCCCAAUGAAGAAUGUAUAUAUGAAAUAUAUAAAAACUGCAUAGAUGAAUUGAUAGAAAAAGAAAUUAUUCGUUCAUCAACAAAAAUUCCAAAUUAUGAACGAGCAAUAAAAUUAACAAACGGCCAUAAGGAUGAUGAUAAGGAAGAAUACAACAAUGGAUAUACACUACUCAAAUGCGCUAAACUGAGUGAAGGUUUCAGCGGAAGGUGUUUGAGAAGAAUACCUUUUCAAGCGUAUGCUUAUUUUUGCCAAGCCACCCUACGAUUUUAUAAUUGCACGAAUAACAAUCAAGAAAAGGUCUUAAUUUCUCUUGAAGAAUUUUUCAUAGCUCUUCAAAAAGCUAUACAUAAGGAAACUAUAAAUAAAAGCAAAUUAUCUGAACAAAAAAAUACAAAGUGA